CCGUGCGUGCGGCGUAAUGACGUGGAGAAUCCGGAAGCUGCCGCUUGUUGUUGUCGCAGCUCAGCUGGUUUUGUUCUGAACGGUUAGAGACCGGAUCUGUGAGUCGGUACCGGAGGAAACACAGCUGCUGCUGCGGUUUGUUUGUUGUUUGUUGUUGUGUCGUCGCCGCCAUGAACGUGACGCUCGCUGUGAAACAGUAUAUCUCCAAAAUGGUGGAGAGCAGCGGACCCGGGAUGAAGGUGCUGCUGAUGGACAGAGAGACGACCAGCAUAGUGAGUGUGGUCUACACUCAGUCUGAGAUCCUGCAGAAGGAGGUUUACCUGUUUGAACGCAUCGACUCUCAGAACAGAGACAGCAUGAAACACCUGAAGGCCAUCUGCUUCCUGAGACCCACCAAGGAGAAUGUAGAGCAUCUGAUCCAGGAGCUGAGGAGACCAAAGUACAGCGUCUACUUCAUCUACUUCAGUAAUGUGAUCAGUAAGAGUGAGAUCAAAGCUCUGGCUGAAGCUGACGAACAGGAAGUGGUGGCUGAAGUCCAGGAGUUUUAUGGAGACUUCAUUGCGGUGAAUCCUCACUUGUUCUCCCUCAACCUGCAGGGAGUGGCCAGGGGGCGGAGCUGGGAGCCCUCCAUGUUGUCUCGCUGUACUCAGGGUCUGACCUCCGUCCUCCUCGCUCUGAAGAAGUGUCCGAUGAUCCGUUACCAGCUGUCCUCUGACAUGUCCAAACGCCUGGCCGAGAGCGUCAAGCAAAUCAUCACCAAGGAGUACGAGCUGUUUGACUUCAGGAAGACAGAGGUUCCUCCUCUGCUGCUGAUCCUCGACCGGAGCGACGACGCCAUCACACCUCUGCUCAACCAGUGGACUUACCAGGCCAUGGUCCAUGAGCUGCUGGGUCUGAACAACAACAGGAUCGACCUGUCCCGAGUCCCUGGGAUCAGCAAAGACCUGAGGGAGGUGGUUCUGUCGGCAGAGAACGACGAGUUCUACGCCAACAACCUGUACCUGAACUUUGGAGAGAUCGGCACCAAUAUCAAGAACCUGAUGGAGGAUUUCCAGAGGAAGAGACCUAAAGGACAACAGAAGCUGGAGUCCAUCUCUGACAUGAAGGCAUUCGUAGAUAACUACCCUCAGUUUAAGAAGAUGUCUGGCACCGUGUCCAAACACGUGACGGUGGUGGGCGAAUUGUCUCGGCUGGUGUCGGAGCGUCAGCUGAUGGAGGUGUCUGAGGUGGAGCAGGAGCUGGCCUGUCAGAACGACCACUCCAGCGCUCAGCAGAGCGUCCGCCGCCUGCUGCAGAACCCUCGUCUGUCAGAGCUGGACGCCGUCCGCCUUGUCAUGCUCUACGCUCUGAGGUACGAACGCCACAGCAGCAGCAUCCUCCCGUCGCUGAUGGACGAGCUGAGCAGGAGGGGAGUGUCCGAACGCCAUCGCAGGAUGGUUCAGUCUGUGGUCGAGUAUGGAGGGAAGAGAGUCAGAGGAAGUGACCUCAUCGCGCUGACAGACGCCGUCGCCAUCACCAAACAGUUCUUCAAAGGACUCAAGGGUGUGGAGAACGUGUACACUCAGCAUCAGCCUCUGCUUCAUGACACUCUGGAUCAGCUGAUCAAAGGUCGACUCAAAGACAGUCAGUUCCCAUACCUGGGAGCCAGCAGCCUCAGAGACAGGCCUCAGGACAUCAUCGUGUUUCUGAUUGGUGGAGCCACAUAUGAAGAAGCUCUGACUGUUUACAACCUGAACCGCUGCACACCUGGAGUCCGCAUCGUCCUGGGAGGAAGCAGCAUCCACAACACCAAGAGUUUCCUGGAGGAGGUGACGUUGGCGACGGCUCACGGCGGCGACAGACCACAAGGAAGUGGUCGCCAUGGGAACAGGCGCUGAGAACACAUGGACAGAUGGACGGAGUCCUGAAGAAGCUCGUUGGAUAAAAAGAAAAAAAACAUUCCCGACAUUGUGCGUCCAUGUUUGUUGUUGUUUUAAAGGAGCAGUGCUUCAGUUUCACAGCUGUUCAGAAUAUUAGGAACACCUGUGGUCUAACACAGUCCAGUACAACACCAGACAUCAACAAACACUGAACAGGAGGCUUCACAACAAGAGACUGGGCUGUGGUAGACUGGGCAGGUGUACCUAAUAAAGAGGACACUGACAGUCCACUGGCCUCCAUGUUUAAUGUUAGUUUACUGGGUGGAAUGUCCCUUUAAAGAGUCUGAAGGUUUUAACUUCAAAACACCAAUAAAUGAGAAACAUGACA